AUGAGUGCGAAAAAACCUGUGUGCUUGACAUUAAAAAAAAAAGCUGAAAUUCUCGAUUUCUUACAAAAGGGGUCGAGUGUGACAUACUUAGCAAAGAAAUAUAAUGUUGCUAAAUCAACAAUUUGUGGCAUUAAAGCGAAAAGAAACGUGAUUUUAAAAUGCGUAAACAACACAUUUUCUGGGCCUGGAAAAAGAAAAACCCUGCGUACUUCAGAGCUGCCCAAAAUGGAGAAAUCUCUUUAUCGUUGGUUUCUCUGUAUGCGAAAUAAGAACUGGCCAGUAAGUGCUCUAAUGCUGAAAGAAAAAGCCAAGAAACUGCAUUCAAAAUUUAAGGAAAAGGAAGGUGACUUUUAUGCUAGUGAUGGAUGGUUUCAAGGAUUCAAAAAAAGAUACGGUAUUCGACUUCUGCAAAUAUCUGGCGAAAAACUGUCUUCGCAGUCUCAGUUAGUGGACCCGUUUAAAGAAAAACUUAAAGAUAAAAUUGCUGAAUUCGAAUUGUGUAACGAUCAGCUAUAUAAUGCUGAUGAGUCCGGCUUAUUUUGGAAACUUCUGCCAGAAAAAACGUACGUGUCCACUUUAGAAAAGAGAGCCCCAGGCGUAAAGUCGGAGAAGCAGCGAAUCACUUUCUUGUGUUGCUCAAACGCCACCGGAUCUCAUAAACUCAAACUUUUGGUAAUUGGAAAGGCGAAAAACCCACGAUGCUUUAAAAACCUCCAGUGUCCUACCAACUAUAAAAACUCAAAGUCCGCCUGGAUGACGGCGACUAUUUUCAAAGAAUGUUCCUCAGGUAGGGAUUCUUCCUUUUGA